AUGCACAAGAUCGAGUGCUGUUCAGCCGCCAAAAUCCCCAAACCUCAGCCUUCUAUGGGGCUUCACCUGGCAGAUUUUAGUGUCGAUGUUUCCGACCUGGAGAAGAUGCGGACAUUUCCAAGCUCAGUGCCUCUCCCAGACCUUGAUGGCGACCUGGAAUUCCUGGACUUCUUCGACCCCUUCUUGGGCUUACCUCCAAAGCAACUUGAAGCUUUUGCAGUACCACCGCUCGGCGGCAAUACGGAUGGCUGGUCCCCUCUAGAGAAUUUCUCAGGUUCGAGCCAGGCUUCCAUGCAGGAUUACGGUUUCCAGCAGAGUCGUAUUUCGACUGCGAACGAGACUCCGUCAGUUGACGAUUCAAAUCAAUCGUGGGAAACGGGCAGCCGUGAAAAUUCGCGUGCUAAAGGGCCCACCGGGCCAUGGGACGAGACUCCAGCCCAGGUUUUCAACAUGAAUCGUCCCGAUUCCGAGGGCUAUUCGGGCUACCAAAUUCCACAGACGAAGAAGUACCCCAGACCUCCAACACUUACUUUUUCAGAAGCAAUGCGAAUUCAUCUGCUAAGGGACCUGUCGAGUAGACUCCCUGCUGAAAAAUUGAACAAAUUCCGACUGCCUAGUGCAGCCGCACUCCAAAAAUGCAUUCGAACCUACGUCGAUGCCUUCCACGUUCACCUGCCCAUCUUCCACCUUCAGACUAUGGACUUCGAAACCACACCUUCGCCACUUGUUCUCGCUAUAUGUGCAGUUGGCGCUCUUUAUCGAUUAGAAAGAAAGAUUGCGGCUUCAUUGUACUUGAAAGCAGACCAAGCCCUCGCUGCCGCAGUUGAUGACCGGGGUGAACAUCUCGACAAGAAGCCACGGUUGCUGGAAGAUUGGGUUCGGCCACAACCUCAAUCACCGAAAUCGACGCCGGAAUCAUUGUGGAGGAGUCAAACUCGGUUGCUGCUUGCAAUGCUCAGCUGCUUCAGCGGCGACCCGGAAGUCAUUUCGAAGGCUAUUAUUCGUCUCGGCGACUUCCUCGUGGAUUUUCGUGACUUGGCUCCUACCGUAAAACCGCGCAAAAGCACAGAUAGGUGGCUGAGUUGGCAGGAAUGGGUCGAAAGGGAGAGUGUUAAGAGGUUACUGUACGGUCAGAUAAUGUUUGGCAAUUUGGUCACCAUGACUUACGGGAUUCCCCCCGGAUAUUCCUUGGUUUCUGAUGGUUUCAUCGAAAUGGCCUGCGACCAGUCCCUGUGGGAUGCACUCACCGAAGAGCAGUGGCACGAAGCGGCAAUGCGAAAAGGCCAGAGCUCACGACUCAAUGUCAGAGAGGCAGUGUCGAUGGUCAUGAACGGGAAUUCAGUCAAGACGGUGCCGCAAGAGUGCUGGGAGUGGUCACCCUUUGCAAUCAGCGUGGUGAUAAACGUUAUUUCCAUUCACAUCUGGCACAUCACCCAAGGAUCCUACUUUUUCGGCGACCUCUCUAGUCCUGGACCGUCCAAUGAAACCCAGAAAUCCCAGACUCUCGCCCAAACAGAGGCCGCGCUUUCGAGGUGUCGGGCCCUGAUCACCCAAGCCAGCUCGGAUGCCGACUAUCCGUGGACGGAAGCCGAAACCCCUUUGUUGUUCAAUUGUCUAGCGCUGUUGCGGGUCAGCUAUUGCCGGGCAUUCACAGGACAUAGCGCGGCCGAUUCAAUGGUGUUGCUCAAGGAAAGCCAGGAAGAAUUUAUGACUUCAAUUGAGGACUUUAUCGCGCUACCGCAGAAUCGAGGCAAUCUCGUGGCAAGAGCUGUCGGUCGGGCAUUCGAAGGAAUGCUGAUACCGUACAAGGCGGGAACCCUGCUGAUCAAGAAGACAGCCGCCUUGACCUGGGCGAUCGGGCACGCGUUAGCAGGGUGGGAGGCAGCGCUGUUGGUCACGAAAUGGGUGCAUGCAAUCGAAGUUGAGAUACGAUCAAGUCGUGACUCUGCAUCGAUCAGCGAGCUCGAGACUCAGACGAUGCAAUCCAUCAGAAAUCUGCUGUUGGACUUGGAGGAUGUUCUGGACGAUGGAGCCGGACUCUCACUGGCAGCCAAGCUGGCACGAUACUGGGCUGGCUUCUACGAUGAUACCUGGGUGGUUGCCCAACCCGCAAUUGCCGAGAAGAUGUCGUAUGAAAUGUCAACACAGCAUGCUACCCGAGUAGGAGCCAAGCCAUUCAAUCAUAGUCAAUCCCAAGCUGCCGAAGCAGAGUACGACCGGCUACGAAAUCUCGCACGUCAGGAGGCCGCCAAACGUGCCACGUGCUUCCAGCGAUCCCAAGAAGCAUAUGCGAAUGGCGACGGCGCGGCUGCGCAUGCGCUCUCGCAAGAGGGCAAGGAGCACGGCGCCAAAAUGGAGAUGUACAAUAAACAGGCGGCCGACUUCAUCUUUCGCGAAAACAACGCGGAUGGACGAGUCGCCGCCGACACGAUCGACUUGCACGGGCUGUUUGUCGAAGAGGCGGAAGAGAUCUUGGAACAGAGGAUCCGCUAUGCUCAGAGUCACGGCCAGACACAUCUCCACGUCGUGGUCGGGCGGGGCAACCAUUCCCGCGAUCACGUCCAAAAACUCAAGCCUCGAGUCGAACAGACUUGCCGGGAUCUCGGCUUACAAUAUCACACCGAGUCCAACGACGGCAGGAUAUACAUCAAGCUGGAUGGCAGUCCCGUGGACAUGCAACAUGUGAGCGAUUGGCAGGGCUACCAGACGUAUCCAGGUCAGCAGCAGCAAGCUUGGCAACCUCAACACACUCAGCAACAACAACAGCAACCACAAUAUGGUGGAGGAGAGAAGCAUGGUGGGGGACUGCUGGCCCGGCUCAUCAACAAACUCUUGCGCAUGUUGUGUGGAUGA